AUGGAACGACUCCGGCAGAAAUGGCAAGAGAAGCUGGCACUGUACACUGGAAAACACACACAAUCAAAUGCAAUGGCAGAGAUCAAUAGCAACGGCAUCUCGACGGUGGGGUUUGCAGGAUUGUCGAGAGAUGGCGACAUUGAAGCUCUCGAUGACGAGGAUGAAUUCUCCAUCCCGUCCAGCUCUAAUUCUUCUUCUCAUUCUUCUCUUUCUUCUCCCAUUCCGUCUUUUAUUGAGUCGGAGGCUUCAACGGAGCAAAUAACCGGUCGACCGAGCGCUCAAGUGCCCAGCACCGCGACAUCGACAGCCUCGUCUAUCUUCUCCAAAAUGCUAGGAACCAAGCGAAAGCUGCAUCAGUUGGAUGGAUCUGUCUCCGACGAUGGAGACACAGUAGAAUGGCAAGACGCUGAUGUUCAAGAGCAAAAAAGUCUAGAAACAAGCACACCACCACUUGCAGCUUCAAUGACAGAGACUCAUAUUGAAAACAACGCUGGUAGCGAAACUGAAGAUGAAAUUCUUCAUGACAUCGAAGAGGAAAAAGAGGACAAGGCAUCGUCAAGCUCUGUAGAUUCAGCAUCGUUGCUCGUGUCUGCGCAAGAUUUUUCUCCCGUGUCGGGGCUUUCCGGGAUCAAUCUGCCGCUGCAGUUAGCUGCACAGUAUUCUAAGUUCAUUCAUCGAGGCAAGCGCCGGGGUUACUUUGGGCAGCUACACUCGAUUGUGUUAACGUGGCCAAGUAGGUUGGCAGCUAAAGACUCUAUUCUUCCAGGUGACAUGGUCUGGUGUUGCCCCGAUUCAGAGCGAGGAUUCCUUGAUGAGGGAGAAGUCGUCAAGGUGGUUUCCCUGGGAGACACGCUAGAUGAGCUCAAGAUUGAACGCAGCAACGGGGCGGAGACUACGGUUCAAUUGCAUCGAGUGCGUCGUCUAAAGGAGUACCUUAUUCGCAAGGGCAGCGUGCGAUUCCGUAGCGAACAGUAGAUACUUCAAAAUCCGCGUAACGUUAUUAUCAGAACGCUAUGACAGCAACCGACCAAGUAU